UGUUGGCAUCGAUAAAAAAGUUUACCUUUGAUAGUAACUGGUCUAUUCUGUGAUACAAGUACAUUAUCACUAGUUGUACUAUAUGAUUUGAAGGAUGAACACCGAAACCAAAGCUCUCGAACGCCUCUGGAUGCGAUCCAUUGCUGAGAUGGAAUAAAACAAGGACUGGAGCACUAAAGAAAGCUCCGUGUCAAGGCAUCCUCCUUUGACAAAUGAAAUAUAAAGAUGCCCAUGUAACUCAACCUAGAGGCCCCCGUUCCAGACGCCUGUGUCGCAUGGAAGUAGAGGUGGAAGUGGAAUCGGAACGUAGAUAUCCGAAAAUCGAGUGCUUUUUGUGUCUGUGUGCCUUUUAGCUUUUCAGCUUUCUGGUUGGAAGCAGAAUCGAAAGCAAAAGGCUACAACAAAGCAGUGGCCCAGAGAGCAGGAGAAUUUUGGCAGGUUGGGAAAUUUGCAUAACCGCGAAACGACGAUAGGAACUUUGAUUAAAGUCUAAUCUGCUUGGUGAUCGAUUAACCACUGAUUUUUGUUUAGUGCAAAAAUAGCCAAAAGCCCUGAGACCGCUAUCAGUUUUCACAUUUCAUUUUCGGGCUGUAUAAUAAUUCACCAGCGAAUCUUGUGACCCGCCACUAACCACCCUCCCACGCCGCCCAUUUGACUGGCACUUGCGAAACGGAACGAAACGAAACGGAAUGGAAUGGAAUGCAUUUCAAAUGCAGCGGCGUCGGCAGCGGCGCCGUGACCUUGAAAAUGUUUUUGUGCUCAGUCCCUCUCGCUCACUCUCUUGGCCUGAAGCCUAAACGGCAUGCGCAGCCGACUGACAGUGUUGCAUUUGGUGAUUUCUCAGGACUUGCGAUCCUUUGAAUGAAGGGGAAUUCUGUGAGUGCUUGGCACAUACAACUCGUGGUUCUUAAGAUAAGGAAGCCACCGUUAUCCGUUAUCGGUUAUCGGGUGUCAGCUACCUCGUUAUCAGGUAACGGUGCAUGAGAAAGGAGGCGAAAGGCAGACGCACUGGCAGCCUGGAAGAAUUGAGGUGACAAAGAUCAACCAUAGCAAAGCACCAUGGAAGUCCCGCUGAGCUGCCAACUUGUCAACCGACCAGGCGAUUGUCUUCCCUCCGCUCGGGAGAUGUGCGUGAAUCGCGUGAAUCGAUGCUAAACCAUCGUUGGGAUUGUAAUUAUGGCAGUCUUAGGGAUAGUGCGAUGGUGCAGAGAUCCUCUCUUGAUAAUUCCUGAGGGUCUGCCUAACCUUUGGAUUGCUGUGCUGCGAUAUGUUUUAGGUGCCAACCAGUACAAAAUCACAGGAGACAUGCAAUGAAAGGUGUGCUGAUAUUGUGGUGAACUCUCCUGCUUCCCAUCGAAACGUCGAUGGAAAAAGGAUACUGCAGGGACUUGCCUUUGAGAUUCUAAACAAAUUCUACCAAAUACUAGUUCACCAGAUGUAAGGACAACUUUAGUAUCCCGAUCCUUGGUGCAUCAAGCUGCUGAGGGCGUGCCAUAUGGAGAGGGCUGCACUGCAAGGCCCUGCCCGCAAUCCCGUAAUCGAGUUCAUUUAAAUGCAUUAAACUUGUCUCAUUAUGCCGCGGUAAUAGCAUCAGCAAGUCGAAUCGAAUCCAAUCCAUCGCGAAUCCAUCGGCCGACCGCCUGACUCACUCGAAUGGCAAACGAACCGCGGGCCUCGGACAUAUGGCAGCAGUGGGCCGCAAAUUGCUGAACAAACAAAAAACAUUUUGUGCAAUUUGAACGCGCGAGAGGAAAGCCAGGAAUUCUGCGGACAGUUCGGGUGGAAAUUAUAGCACGCAAAGGUGUUACACACUCAGAGACUGUGAAGGCUUCUAAAUCGAUCCAACUACCCAAGCUAUGGAAUCUAGAAGCGCGGUUUUGGGUUCCCAAUUCGACCCUCCAAUUAUAUAUGGUUAGUAUGGACCAUUUACGGAUACUACUGAACAUCUCACUCAAGCUGGGAUCCGAAUUUCGACGGACUACUUGAAUGUCUCGAAACUGAAACACUGGAAGAAACUGGAACCAGAUCGACAUAUCUCGGCAUAUUUCGGCAUGGGCGCGGUAAGCAGUCGCCAUCUGAAUCCCGCACAGCUCGGUGACCACCAGCGGGCCACGGGCCUGUCCGCAGAGCAGCUGGAGCAGCUGCACACUCGGUUCCGCAGCCUGGAUCGCCACCAGCGCGGCUACUUGACGCCCACCGACCUCCUGCGCAUCCCACAGCUCUCGCUCAAUCCGCUCCACCGCCAGAUUGUGGACGGCUUCUUCCCCAGCCGGGAUCCCAGCGCCCGCCUGUAUUUCGCUCAGUUCGUGGAGACCUGCGCCAUCUUCCUGGUGCCCCAGUUUGGAGGUAGCUCGUCGUUGGGACGGUGCGACGGACGCGCCCAGAAACUACGCCUCCUCUCCAAGAUGUUCGACACGCGGCGCAGUGGUUGCAUCACGCGCGACGACUUCCGCCAGAUCAUGCGCAGCCUGCUCGAUCCGAUCUGGAAUCCACCACAGGAGCAGGCGGGCGAGGGCCAGGAACGGGCGAUCGUAGUGGACCGCAAGCCCGAGGUGGAGGCCGAACUGCAGUUGCUGGAGCGGCAGGCUUUCGUGCUCUCCGCCUGCAAUGAGAUCUCCUACGGCGAGUUCGAGCAGCGCCUGCAGAGCGCCGACGUCGCCGGGAGGCUAUCGAUCGCCAAGUGGCUGGCAGACGACGACGAGGCCAGGAUGGGGCUGCCGGAUGGCUCUGCCGCGAACCAGUAGGACCAGUGGAGACCCCAUUGUCCUCCUCGUCGUGUUGUGUUUCUGUUUUCAAUAUAUGCUAGACAAUGCCAAAGAAAACCAGAGAUGACUGCCAACAAGAGAUUCCAACAGCGGCAUCAAUUAGGGAACAUUUCACUUUAUUAGAUUGCUUAUUUUAUACCAUGCUAAAUGUCUCAAAUCUCAUUAAGCUCUACAAAGAAAUAUCAAAUUAUAAUGAUACAAAUAAAACACAUAAACAUAUAUAAUUAUAUUGUAAACUUAUGUUAAGAUCAGUAGACAAAAUAAAUUGAAGUGAGGAAUUUUAUGUUGAAUGUUUUGUGGGUGCCUAAAAGAGGGCAACUAAAUUGUCUUUGU